UGAACUUUUAUCUCCGGUAGUUACAUAGUUAUUUUCUUUUUAUUUUAAUUUUUUUAAUACUUCCAGAUCUCUAUUCAGGUACUUCGUACUUGUCGCCUUCAUUUUCUUAUAGAACGUGAAUUCCAAGGGAAAUCCAAUAUGGAGGUCGACACAGAAACUACAGACAAAAUACCCAUGACGAAGUAUAACAAUGGCGCUCGUGUCGUUAAACGAGCUCGAAUGGAAUUUGACCCAAAGGAAGAGCGCGAAAGACGACGACGAUUGCAGGAAGCGCAAAGAGAUUACGGAAGAGGCAAAAAAGUGAACGUCAAGGGGAUUAAAGACAAGAAAUUACGAAGUAAUCUAAAGUCACUCGAGAAUAAAUACCAGGAUGCUGCUGUGAAGGCGAAAGAUGCCGAAAUCCUUCUCGAGAACACCGGCGGCUUCCUGGAGCCAGAGCACGAGCUGGAGAGAACCUACAAAGUGCGCCAGGAUGACAUACUGGACGAAGUUUCCGUUGAAACGGCCAAGAAGCGAUUCGAGUUGAAGCUUGACCAACUUGGUCCCUACAUCUUUGAGUACUCUCGAACAGGUCGGGAAUUACUACUAGCAGGGCGCAGAGGUCAUGUUGCCAUGAUGGAUUGGCGCAAAGGAAAAUUGGAGUGCGAGCUACAACUUGGAGAAACAGUUCGAGAUGUGCGGUGGCUUCACAAUAACCAGUUCUUCGCCGUGUCACAGAAAAAGCACGUCUACAUAUACGAUCGCCAGGGCGUGGAGAUACAUUGCUUGAGGAAGCACCAAGAGGUUACUCACAUGGAAUUUCUACCGUAUCACUUUUUGUUGGCAACUUUGGGUAUGUCUGGCUUUCUCAAGUACCAAGACGUAUCUACUGGCCAACUUGUGACAGAAAUUCCGACAAAACUCGGAGCCCCUGUAUCAUUCACGCAAAACCCCUAUAAUGCUGUCGUACAUGCCGGUCAUCAGAAUGGAACAGUCACAUUGUGGUCUCCCAAUUCUAGCGAGCCGCUAGUUAAGCUGUUGGCACAUAAGGGUCCUGUUCGGUCAUUAGCUGUCGAUAGGGAAGGUCGGUAUAUGGUAUCAGCUGGGCAAGAUUGCAAGAUGGCCGUAUGGGAUAUAAGAAUGUUCAAAGAAGUUAACAGUUAUUUCACCCGACAACCAGCCUCCUCUAUUGCGAUAUCAGAUCGGGGUCUCACAGCGGUCGGAUGGGGAACGAAAACAACAAUUUGGAAAGGCCUGUACUCGAAGCAUGCUGCAGAACAAGAGAAAAUCCAGAGCCCUUAUAUGACUUGGGGAGGGGAGGGUAAGCGCGUCGAGCGUGUUCGCUGGUGUCCGUUCGAAGACUUCCUAGGACUGGGCCACGACGAAGGCUUUUCGUCGAUCAUUGUUCCGGGAGCCGGGGAAGCCAACUUCGAUGCCCUAGAGGUCAAUCCAUUCGAGACGGCCAAACAGCGACAAGACACCGAAGUCAAAUCGUUGUUGAAUAAAUUACAACCUGAGAUGAUUGCUCUGGACCCUAAUUUUAUCGGCAACCUCGAUCUACGUUCUGACAAGCAGCGCCAAGCGGAGAAAGAUCUUGAUGCUAAGCCAGUCAAUAUUGAAACAGAGAUCAGAAAUAGAGCUCGUGGAAAGAAUAGUGCACUUCGAAGAUAUUUGAGGAAGCAAAGAGCUAAGAAUAUCAUUGAUGAGAAGAGACUAAAAGUGGAUGAGCUAUGGAACGAACAACAGCAGCAGCGGGAUCAGAAGGAAAAAGAAAAGGAGACCGAACUCGGGCCAGCUUUGGCGAGAUUUGGGAAAAGGGAAUAGGGAAUAGGGAAUAGAGAAUAAUCAGGGUCCAAUGCAAAUUAGGAGGCAUCCAAUCUAGCAUCAGCUUGACGUCUUAUCGCAUCCACGACUUAUUUGUUGGCAGUUCAUGAUUCUUAGGGGCUGGAUGCAACAAAGGGAAACAAUUACGUGGCUGGAUAGUAGAGGUACUACUUAUACCCAAUAGUUACUGUAGUUCUGUUUUAAUCAAGACACAAGAAAUAAUAC